UCAUGACAACAAUAUCGAAUAUCUGCCGCGUGGAGUUUUUAAGGACACGAAACAGAUUAUGUCUAUGAGCUUUCAUCUGAACAAAAUCACUGAAGUAACUAAUGAACAAUUCAAAGAUGUCGCGCCGACAAUUCGGUUCUUGUACUUUCAUUACAACAAGAUGCGGGAACUACCAGAAGGUUUUUUCUCUAACAUGAAGGAGUUAACAACAGCGACUUUAGACACCGACCUAAUGUGUUGUCACUUGAAGAAAGAUGACGCAGACUGCGAUUUUACCUACGUCGACAGCUUUGCCAGUUGUGAGACUAUGUUCAGAGAUCGAGCCCCAAGAAAGUGUAUUUGGGUUAUUGGUAUCAUGUCUCUGAUUGGAGCUGUGUUUGUCAUCACAUGGCGAAUGUUCUACAGGCAGAGAAAUAUUGCACAGCCAAUCAUGUUGAUGCACUUGGCGGUAUCUGAUGGGUUAAUGGGUGUUUACCUAAUAAUCAUAGGUUGGAAGGAUGCCAUUUGGGCAGGGCAAUAUUACUUUCAUGACUUUAAGUGGCGAUCAAGUUUGUCAUGCCAGAUAACCGGUGCAAUCGCUGUGUUGUCAAGCGAGGUGUCAAUAAUGCUUCUUUCUCUGAUCUCUGCUGACAGGCUUAAAAAUAUUGUGUUCCCUUUCUAUGUUGGUGGACUAACCAACAAAACCACUCACGCGUUGUGCUUUAGUAUCUGGAUUAUCGGUUUCAUAAUUGCUUUUCUUCCCACUUUUGGCAUCCAGUACUUUGAAACCCCUAAAGGUCAUUAUUUUUACGGAAGAUCUGUUGUAUGUCUCCCACUUCAGCUCUCUCAUGAUAAGGCACCUGGUUGGGAGUAUUCUCUGGCUGUCUUUGUUGGCUUGAAUUUAGCUUUUUUGACCUUUGUUAUUGUAGCUUAUCUUGUAAUACUUGUAAACAGAUGUCAGGUUCAGGCAAUGUCAGCCAAUACCCAGCGAGAGACAGCUCUUGCUAAACGGGUGUUUUUCAUCAUCCUGACUGACUGCAUCUGCUGGAUGCCCGUUAUCGUGAUUGGACUCAGGUCCAUCGCGGAGAAGUCGUUCAGUACAAGAGGAGAUCUUGCCGUAUGGAUCGCCGUGUUUGUUCUUCCUUUAAACUCCGCCAUCAAUCCAAUCCUAUACACCUUGUCCACCACACAGGUUCGAGAUGUUCUCAAAGGAAAAUGGCAACAGCUGUGCAACUAUUUCAGGGCAAAGUGUAGUCGAACCCAAACCGGAGAAGGCGUUAGUGAUCUGGGUCAAGGUCAGGCUUUGAAGAUGAGGACUUUCGAAGCUGCUGGAGGGGGAGAGGGACCAGACAAAGAAGCCGAAGAGGAUACUGAAAAAGAGCAAGAGGAGGUCCACAAACAUGAUCACUCAUGUGUGGAACACACUGGGCCUCGAGAUACAUGUAAAGGGCAGCUGAACACAAUACACAGAGAGCCUGCCAAGCCAGGACAGCCUGAAACUGAGCCUACCGACUCUACUGAUAAAAUAACAGCACAAUCAAAGAAGACAGAUACUGAAGACCAUAGACAGUCCCAGAGAGAUGUUGCAGCAAAUUCCGAAUAUGAAGAGCCACACAUAGAUUUAAAAGGGGAUGAGGACCAAUCUUCUGAUGAAGUUCAAAUCCAGCACGACUCAGAGAGUUAUGACAGCGAUGACAACGAUGACGAGUCGAAAGAUCAAAGUGAGCAUGAGAAAAUCGUAGAGCAGAUCAAUCAUGAAGAGCGUGAAGAGAGAGAUGAGACUGAACAGGGUGAAAAACCACAGGAUUCCCACGAGGAUCCAUCAGAGAAGAUAGGCGAACCUGAAGAACACAGAGAAGAAUUAGAAAACUACCUCAAAGGAUCUGAAGAACAGUAUGAGGAUGACAUGGAAUAUGAGUCUGACAUAAAAAGGAAGUAUCGGAAAACGACUACAAAGAAUCCGAAGAGGGGAGGAGGAGGGAUGAAAAAACAGGUCUUUAACCACCAUCAAGAUGAAACGGAGUGACGCUCACAUGGGAGCCUGGUCACUUGGCAAGCAUAAGUAUCCUAAAGGGUACUGGGUAUAAUCCAAAUAAAUUCCACCCCAAGUCGCAGGGCCCCCAAAGAAAUAAAAAGUGCACAAUGGGGAGAAGAAGCAAAAAAAUUCUAUUUGCAAGCAAAUAUUUCCUUUUAAAUGAUUACUUGCUAGGGAUACUUGUUUACGCACCAAUGUCUUGUUUAGCUGAGGUUCGGCUGUUUACGUGGCACUUUGUAGAUGCACAAUCCUAUUAGCCUGGUAGUUAUUUUGGGCAGCCAUGCACUUUAUUUUAUUUGUUUUACUACUUUUUUGUAAUG